AGUCUUGCGCAUAAAGCCGUCUGGAGCCAUAUGCAAAAAAGAAGUAGGUUAUCUAUGUUCUGCUCUGCACAAGGGUAGGAUAUUCCAGUUGUAUUACUGGAGUCUUACAUCAUAAAUUCUCAAUUUUGAUCAUUCUUAUGGCUCCAGGUGACAAUACUGAUAGUGGGAUCGAAUCUUUGUCAUCGAGCAAUAAGUCUCUGGCGACAACUGGCAAUAAAGAAAUGGAACCAGAAGAAAUUGACGAUGAGGAUUUAGAUGAAACUUUAUCAGAGAGACUGUGGGGGCUAACUGAGAUGUUUCCAGAGGGAGUCCGUAAUGCAACACACAAUGUUUUCUGUAGCACCACUACUGGAAUUAAAGGAUUGUACGGCCUUAGUCGAGUAAUAACGUGGUGUGUCUUCAGUUCAUCAGUUAUCCUCUUUGCUCCAUUGAUAUUAGAAGUGGAGCUUGCUCAGAUUGAAGAAAUGCAACGUAACCAACAAAAGCAGAUGCUCCUGGGGCCAAGUAGUGCUGUGUCAGGUGGCAUGGGACUUAUGCCACCCAUUCAGCGAUAAGUACACAAGCAGGAAGAUGGAGACAGCUAUGGGGACUCUCAUUAAUGUGUACACAAACUGACUCGCACACAACAUGCGACAUAAACACUCACAAAUUGUCAUGAGUAUAAGAUUUUGUUUAGUGAAUAGUAAAUAUUGGUAGAACUGCUUUGAAUUAAAAUUAGCAUAAAUUAAAGCUGCAGUGAAUUUAAAAUUAAUAUUUCUCAUGAAAUAGGUUGUCCAAAUAAAUCACCUGUCACACGCAUUUAUAAAUCACAUGAACUGAAGUUCUGACUCACAUACAUGUGAUGGUUUGGAGGAUUUGGUUCAGUUGGAAUGGAUGUGGAGUUGGUAAGGAAUUUACCAUGAAGGAAACUAGGCCACGAAACUGUAUACAAGGUUGAGAAGUGUUCAUAUUCUGUUUAUAGUCUUACCUCUAGUGUGUUUUAAAAUGCGGUACAUGUAUACUGUAUGUGCGAUUUUUUCUUCAUUUUGUUACCAGUUGGAAAAAUAAAAGAAUAGCUUCAGUUUUAAAGUUU